CCGCCGGAGCAGCUUACCCCGCCCAAAUCCAUCGAAACUCCCGUGCGCAAGCCCAAAUCGGAGCAGGGUAACCGGGCGGCCGCGGCGCAGCGGACGCGAUAGCGUUGGGGAUAAAAAGUGCGGGCUGGGAUUUUAGCUCGCCAGCGCCGCUGCUCUACCUCUCUAUACUCUCCUCUCCUAGCAUAGGGUUUAUCUUCUCCCAUCCUCUGCCCCCCCAACUCGCUUCUCGCACACGGCAGCCGGAUUCCGAAGCAACCCCAGGCAUAAGCUUCUAAUCGUUUAGAGAGCACUCGAGAAUGUCGUCCGUGCAGCUCUCUGGUGCCGGAGUCGCGGCUGUGGCCUUCACGAACAAGAGCCUCGUCUCUCAGCCCGCAGCUCUCCGGGUCUGCUCGUCAAGGCGCUCGGUCCGUAGCCUGGUCGUGAAGGCUGCCACCGUCGUCACCCCAAAGUACACUUCACUGAAACCUCUGGGAGAUAGGGUGCUUGUGAAGCUUGGUGCCGCAGAGGAGAAGACAGUUGGUGGCAUCUUGCUUCCAUCUACCGCCCAGACCAAACCACAAGGAGGUGAGGUUGUUGCUGUUGGAGAGGGAAGGACCAUUGGAGACAAGAAAGUAGCGGUUGAUAUAAAGACUGGAGCACAAGUAGUAUACUCAAAGUAUGCUGGCACUGAGGUUGAAUUCAAUGACUCAAAGCAUCUUAUUCUCAAGGAAGACGAUGUCAUCGGUAUUCUUGAGACAGAUGAUGCGAAGGAUAUGAAGCCUCUCAAUGACCGUGUUCUCAUCAAGGUUGCAGAAGCUGAAGAGAAAACUCCUGGGGGCCUUAUCCUCACUGAAACAGCUAAAGAGAAGCCGUCCAUCGGAACGGUUGUAGCUGUUGGCCCGGGUCCUCUGGACGAGGAAGGCAAGAGGCAGCCACUGUCAGUGCCGGCGGGCAGCACGGUACUGUACUCCAAGUAUGCAGGGAGCGAGUUCAAGGGCGCUGAUGGCACGGGCUACAUUGUGUUGAGAGCGUCGGAUGUGAUGGCUGUCCUGUCUUAAGCCUUGCGUUUCCAGCUCUUUCUGUAGUUUGCAGCCAAUAGUUGUGAAGUGGUAUGAAACGAUCGCUUUGUGGUGAUCAUCACAAAAUGCUGAUACUGUUCCGGACAAUCGGCUAGAAUUUGGGUCGACACGAGUUACGGGCUACCUGUGAGCUUAUAAACAUCAGCAUCUGAUAGUGAAUUCACUCGGUUGUUUUUACAAAGGAUAUUUUGGGUGUGAUGAAGUCACUCGGUUCUUUGCUGUUUUCUUACUA